AUGACGGCGCGGCAGGAGGCCGGCUGCUGGCAGAAGUGCAAAAAAGUCGAGACCCCGGAGGAAGAUGAGUGGAAGCGGCAGCAGGACAUGCAUGGGCACGGUGCAGCGUGUCUGACGGUCUUGACUGGCCUCCGAAGCUGUCGAAUGUCCGCUGCUGGGCACAAGGCUGAGGAUGUUUGUCAGUUGAUGGACCACGACCCAUUGCCCGCCGCCUCAGUACCCUCCACAGCAAACAUUCCCAUCUUCCAUUAUUUUUCUGGGUCAAUUGACGGCAGAGGCGGUGCACAUAUCAACGAUAGGCGCACGCCGGAAGAUGGUGGAAGCCAUGGCGGGUUCUCACGUCCAGUCCUGGAUGUCCUCGAUUGCGCGGAACGGGGUGUUGCAUGGUGGAGGCUGCGCUGCAAUGGGCAGCGGGCAGUGGGCAGUGGGCAGUGGGCAGUGGGCAGUGGGCAGUGGGCAGAACCCUUGGCAGAUUUCCUGGAGCCUCGUGGUGUGCUGGUCGCCGUUGUUGUUGUCGUCGCAAAAGUGCAAAUCCAAACUGCAAAGUGCAAAGUGCAACGAGCGAGCAAGAACAAGAACAAGAAUAGAAGGGAAUCAAUCGCUCAAGCGAGAGAGGAGAACACCGCUCUUAAGGCCAAUUCGGAUCCUGUCUUCCACGCGCCGCACGCACCGACUGAUCGGAGUGAAGCACUCUUGGGAGCCACUCCUGUGACGCUGAAGCAGCCAUGUUGAUGCUGGAGCCAGGAGCUGAAGCGGAUCGCGGAUCUCGGAUCUGCCAUUGGUUCCUCGAGCGAAGGCGUGCAGCAGCAUGUUCGUGACGGGAAAACAAACCUCACUCACUGACUGACAUGACGCGUGAAAGUCCGGCAGCAACAGGGACAACGAAAGAACUGAAUAGCAGAGGAAUUCAGAAGUGCAAGAAGAGAAAGCUGAAGUGGAAGGAAGUGUAUAUAUGCCAGACUUCUCGUCGUGAGGCUAUCGAUCCUCAACGUCAAAAGACCCAAUCCACAGUGCCGUUGGGACGGACACGCUUGUGCCGAGGGUGCGUAAACCGCCCUGGUGAGGAUUUCCGCCCUCCUUCAAGCCUCAUCCUCAUCACUCAUGAAGGCCUCGAGAUACAAAACUC